AUCACUGCAUGAACCAGGCCUUGCUUUUUCAUAUUUACAUAUGGAGCAUAUUGGAAAACAAGUGAAGGUUAUCCUAAAAGAUGGCUCUCAGUAUGAAGGCUUUGUCCAUUCUAUGAACACACACACUGGCAAACUUACGCUGCACAAAGUUACCAAUGAAGAUGGGAAAAAGCUUCAAGGGAUACAACACUUCUUUAAUAAUGAAUUACAAAAUAUAUAUGCUUUUGAAAAAGAAUUACCAUCAUCAAGCAAGAAUGAAGAGGAAAAACUGGUGGAUAAAAAAGAGACUGGAAGGAAGAUGAUACAUUCAAAGUAUGUACCAGCUCAUCUACAGAGAAUGAGGGACUUUAACCGCAAUUCUGUUUUAUUAUCCAACAUUGCCAGUAAUGGUGUAGACAAUACAGUCAAACAAGACAACAAAAGUUCUGACUAUGACUCAAGCAGUGACCCGGAGACUCUGGAAGGGGGCACCGAUGCCCCUUAUGUUGUCAUCAAUAAAAUGGACAGGAAAUACCAAGAUGCUAUUGAUGCAGUAUUGAAUUGUGCUGUGGUAGGUUUGGCCAUGCAGGGUGUAUGUAUAGGAAGAUCCGGCGAGGUCUGUUGGGUACAGUUUGCAACUGACAAAAAUGUAUUUUUGUUUGAUGUGCUUGAGUUGUCAGCAAAUUGCUUUGAAGAAGGAAUAAAAGAUAUUCUGGAAAAUCCUGACAUUCUAAAAGUAACCCAUGACUGUAGAUUAAUGUCUGAUUACCUAUUCCAUUGUCACAACAUCAAGCUCGUCAAUGUUUUUGACACACAGGUGGCUGAUGUGUUUGUGGAUCGCGUUUUCAAGGGAGGUGACUGGCCUCGGUAUGUUAAAGGUCUUGCUGAUUGUGCAUUGAAUAACCUAGAUCUGGAGCCAGAACAAGUGUUUAAUCUGAAGACCAGAGAGAAGAUAAAAAAGAGUGAUGAAGAGAUUUGGGCCACCCGUCCCAUCAGCCGACCACUGUUAGAUGCUCUCUUUAAAAAUGUAGUUCAUUUACGGCCGCUGCGACAAGUCCUCAUUGAGAAAAUGAUGGCAGAAUAUGUAGCAGGUGUUGAUGUUUAUCUGUCUCAGGUCCGAGACUCCUCCAUGAAAGAUGCCAAAAUGCACCAGGCCAAUCUUCUACCCAUGGCAUUCCAAGGCCUACGAAAACUGAUGCCUCACUAUCACAGUUAUCAAUGGAGUAACAGAAGGCAAGAUACUGAAACCUCUAAUGUGAAAGGUUUCACAGACAACAUUUUACCUAUACGGGAUCCCAAAGUAAUCAUUAGCCAUGAUUCUAUUUGGCACCAAGGACCAUAUCAGGGUCAGCAUAUGUUCAAACAGGUGGCUAGUCAUUUAAAGUUUGUAAAUGAGGAUGGAACUCCAGUCAAUGUGGAAAAUCACAAGAAAGAGAGUACUCCAGAAAAGAUAGAAAGUCAGAGAUCUGUUAAUUCUUCCUCCUCAUCAACCAUCACUCCUCACAUCAGCCCAGUCAAGAAAAUGCAGCAGAAACAAUCUGAGAAUAACACAGCAGAAGUGCCUGUUUUAAAUGGUGAAGCAAAGAGAAGCCCUGCAUCUCCAAUGAAAGGUCUUUCUCAUCUGAAAGAAGUUUUGGAAAUGCAGAAAGCGAUGAAGGAGUCUGAAUCGGAGGAAGUGUCAACUGGGACGUUGAUAAGAUCGGUUCUGAAGCAGACGGAUCCCAAGAAACUGGAACAUAAGGAGGAAGAUGAUGAGGCAUAUGCAUUUAGGCCAGCUGGUGUUAUGGUGCAUGCAAAGAAAAAUGACAAGACAACUAUGAGAAGACAGAGGGAGAUAGAUGAGUUGGAGCUGGAAAUGGCUCAGUAUGUCAUGGAUAAUCAGAACGUAGAAAAUUCACAGCAUGAGGAAUUGGAUUAUGAUGAUUGGGGAGGUACUAGGAGGAACCUUGUUAUUGACAGUCAGGAAAAGAGAGACACUUUCUUGAAGAAGUUUCUAGCAAUGGCUGCCAAAGAGAAUGCAAUUAAACAGUCUAAUUAUGAUCUCCAACAAAAUACUGUCCAAACUCCUACAAGCCAUGGAGAUUCUAACAUACUCCAAAGUUUUGCUGCAGUGAGAAGUCCUUCAUCUGUUGCAAGUGAUACUCAAGGAAACCUUACUUCUCCUCAGCAAUACAUGCAAAACUAUUUAACCAAACAUGAAAACUCAGUGAGUAAUGAUAAUGAAAGUGUGCAAGGAUCUGGCACUUUGACACAAGGCAGCAUUGCAAGUUCUCAUCAAAGAUCCACUAACACAGGCCACCUAACUCAGCACAGGUGUCUGUAUCGAGGCCAGAUAUCCAAGGCUAAAUCACCGUCACCCUCCCAAAGUGGGGGAUCAGUUCUCAAUACCAGCUUACCAUCUUCGUCAGAACCACCAAUUUCAAAUCAGAGUCACAGAUCUGUUAGUCUUCCUGCAACACCUGUCAGCACCAGUGAGAAGUCUUGUGAAAAUCUUCAACAAAAUGGAAGUAAAGUUGUGUUAAAUGGUACAUCACCUUCUAUUGCAAAUCUUUCCAAACUAGCUUCGAUUAUUGCUAAAUCUUCAAUGAGAUCUACAUCGUCUGCUGACAAAGAACAUUCUAAAGACUUGACCAAUUCAUCAGUGUCAUCCACUCCUCGUAAACCCACCAACAGUGUUCAGGAAGCAUUCUUUACUAAUCGUAUUUUAUCGUCCGUCCACUCCAAUUCUUCUAGAUCCACCACUAGUGUUCAAAAGUCAUCCAAUAAUGACAGUUCAAAUGCAUCAUCUACAUGUAUGAAUGAGAAUACUCAGGAAAAAAGUCCAGGAAGUGUGAGUGCAGCUCUAUCAUCUACAAACAGCAAAAUACAGAGACUGAAAAUUCUUGCAGAAGCAAUGAAAAAGCCUGAUUAAUGAUUCCAUCAUUUUGUGUAAAUGCAGCCAUAACAUAUACAACUGAAAUGAAUGUUGCCAUACAGUAAAAUUUAAUGCAUUAGAAAAUAGCACAUUAUAACUUGGUAAGGCAAGCUCUGCUCCCAGAAGUAGUCAAAUUCCAAAGAAAAAUAAUCAGACGAUUCUGUAAGGGUACUUGGUACUGUAAAAUCCUUUAUUUUUGUGGGGUCAAUUUUUUUUUGUGGUUUUGGAAAAUAUUUGAUUCUUGGGGAAUUGAUUUCAUGAUUGAAGAAGUGUAAAGUUAUUUAACUUUGAGUAUUUUUACAUUUCAUGGAGAUCAUAAAGUAACAGAUCUCUUCAUACUACAAUAUUAAAACAAGGAAAAUUAAAUCCUCAUGAAAAUAAGUGAUUUCACAGUACAACAAGAUGGCAAAAAUUAUUUGAGAAGAUUUUGUUAAAACUUUUAAAGUUGUACAUGGUACUUUAGUGGAAUUUACUUUUGGUGCAGUCAUUUUGUGUGAAUCAUAAACACCAAAAUAUGAUUUUAUUAUAAAUAUUAUAUAAUUCAGAUACUAAUAAUCUGGAUACUUCCCCUGCCUGACAAAAUUUGUAGGGAACAGAAUUUAUAUCUACCAAUUAUAAAAGGGAUAAUUAUUUGAGUAAACUUGGGGAUGCAUAAAUUCAGAUGAUUUGCUUGGGAACACAAAAGUCUGGAUUAAUGAGGCUUGACUGUCAAUAUUAUACAUUGUAUGUGGAAAUACUGAUAGAUCUAAUUCAUGGUUUUGUCAUCAUAACUUUCAAAUGCAUAAUAUGUUUUAAAACUACAGGGAAAGAAAAAUCACUUUGCUGUAAGUGUGAAUUCAUUACAAGUCUAUUUUCUGUAACUGUGUUAUAAUGUCCUUGCUUAGUAAGUAAACUAUGAUGUUUUACUCUAGCAGCGUUUUUUUUUUUUUUUUUUUUUUUUUUUUUGAGGAUUGAACCAAGAAAAAAAUACUGUAAAAAUGAAUGUUUUCCAAUAACAGAGAGUAUAGAAUAAUUCAGGACCACUCAAAAGCAGAAUUUGUAUAGAAACUGUUUGUUGUAAGUCAUUUUUUUUUCACUGAAUGGAAAAAAACAAAAAUGCUUUAUAAGACAGUAUAGUUUUGCAUGUAAUUUUUAUGAUAUUGGUGAAUGGUCACAUGAUUUUUUUGUCAAAAUACUUGUCUUGAAGACAUUUGUAGAGAGUACAAAUGUACACAGCCAUUGGUGCCAUGCUUUGAAAAAAAAUGUUAAAACGUUUUCUAUUCAUUGUGGGGUUAAAUGAAAGAUUCAAGACAAAAAUUUACAUAUUGUUAUUUUGUAUCCUUUAUCUGAAAUACUCAUGUCUGAAUGAACUGCAUUUGCUUGCCUCAUUGUUUCCAUUAGACGCUUCCCAGUUGUACUAAACAUGAUUUUUUUUGCAUGAACUGCAAGUUGUUUAAGAAGAAGCUUUCUGAAUAAACUGUGAACAUAAAAAUAGGUGAUAUUGCUAUAGAAGUGAUUAUUGAAGAACAUAUUGUUGUAAAGCUAUGAUUGUUAGUGUAUAUCUGUUGUUAGAUGCAUACAUGUGAAAAUUGUUUGAGAAAGUCAAUAAGACAAAUAUUUUUAUGCAUGCAGGGUUGUCCCUAAGACCCAGGAAAUUUCCCCGCCUAUAAUGGCGUAAUUCCCCAGUUAUUUUGGUAUUCCCCCUCUAUUCCCUGUUAAGGGACCCUGAACCCUCUUCUAUGUUUUUAAUGUCCCCUGCUAUUUCAAUUCUUAGGGACAACCCUGUGCAUGUAUAUGUGGGCUGGUUAUUGGUGGCAGUAAUAGAUUCAUAUUAAGCAUCCAUCGCAUUGAUUUUUAAAGAAAGGGAAAUAGUAGUCAAAUUAUACUACAUGUACUACUUGAUUACUGUAAAUGGAUUGUUAUUGAUUGCAAUUAUGUGAUAUCACCAAUUGAUUAAGUAAUAUUGCUUAAAUGAAUCAAUGAAAUCACCCAUAGGUGAUGUCACAUUUAUCCCCUGUUCCAGUAGGUGAUAUCACUUAUUCAGUAUUAAUAGGUAUAUCACAUAUUCAUUAUUAAUAGGUGAUAUCAUUUAUUCAUUACUAAUAGGUGAUUUCACUUAUUCAGUAUUAUUCAGUAUUGGUAGCUGAUCUCGCCAGUCUGAUUCAUAGAAUUGCAAUCUCUUAGUGAUAAAUAAUUGGUAUACCUUUAAAAAUUGUUUCCUAUAUAAAUCUAUGCUUAAAAAGUAUAACAUUUCCAAUGAUUUACUGAGCGGUCCAAAAAUGGAUGUUGGAGCGUUGAGUGAGAUAUUGGACUUGUCGGAGAGAUAGUGGACCGCUGUGACGUUUUUUUAACGUCACACUGUUUGCCAACGGCCUCAGGCAAACAGUUUGCUUCUUGGGUCCGACAAAACGCACGUUGCCCUCGAAGUCAGUCAAUAAAUGUAUAUCAGUGAAUAUGGAGCUUUUAAGUCGAAAACAACUGUUCUUGUGCUCUUCUCCACAAGUGUGUCAAUGAUAGUGAAUAUGGAGAUUUUUUUAAAGAUGCCCGAGAUCCAUUUACCUGUAAAACGAGUUUAUGGACAAGCUGAAUCAUCAUGUGUGAUUAUAUCUCAGGCCCGUAGGAAGCAGUUUCAGUUUGGGGGUGGGGAGGGGGCACAGCCAUACAUUUUCAGUUGGGGACACUAUCAACUACCAAAAAUUCCUUGACAAGCAAUUAAAAAAAGGGUCAUCAGACGUUUUUAUUUAGGGGGCACAAGCAUAUAGUAGCUAUGUUUUCUAUAGUAAUCUAUAGAUCAGCAAAAUUAUUGGGGCACGCCCUCGCCCCCCCCCCCCCCGUUCCUACGGCCAUGAUCUUCAGUAGUUUUGCACAAAAAAUACAUGUUACUUAAAGAUUCUAUAUUUAAAUAGAGAAAAAGUCUAAAUAGCUGAAUGAAAUUAUUUUCCCCAUUGAGAAUCUGUCUACAGAAUGGAAGAAAACAUGAAUUACCUAUUUGAAUAAGCGAUGUCACUUAUUGAUUUUGAAUAGGUGAUAUCACUAAUUGGAAUUGGUGAUAUCAUAUUUGAAUAGGUGAUUUAUGUAUAUUUAAAUAAUGAUUUGAAUCGGUGACAUUGCCUAUUCCAUGUAAUUCCAUGCUAAUUACAUGUAAUAUCGCAUAUCCGAUGAUGUCACUUUUUCAAAAGUUUUUGGGUCUCUUCAUAUCACGAAAACAAUGAAAACUUAGGCACCCACGAAAAUAAGAGAUUUUAAGGUUAAGUGAUAUCACUGCUUUAUGUUCUGAAUUGUUGAAAUCAAUUUGAAUUAUUGAAAUUAACAAUCCCAUUUGUUUGUAAAUGUAUUAAUAAUCGGCAGUAGAUUUUAAAAUGGCGCCUUCUGGAUCAUCAGGUUAAUAGCAGUUUGUGUGAGAACAAUAAUUGUUUACAUUUUUUUUAGGGGGGGGGGGGGAUAAAUUUUCAUGAAAAAACUUUUUAUCCAGAUUUGAAGCUGUUUUGGGGUUUGAAGUGGUACAUUGUUGUACAAUUUGAGACUGUUUACUUUUAUCGAAAGAAAGGCAGCUGCAUUCUGUCAAAUAGAUGCAAUAGUUUUAAGUUCAAUGCUGAUGUAGAAAGUACUUGUUGAUAUUUUGCAAGUUUUGAACUCUGUAAAUGAGAAUUGUCCUUUUUUAUAAUGCUUUAAACCUUGACAUUGUACGACAUAAAGUUAGUAUUCCAUUAGAUGCAUUUGUUUUUUUUUUUUUAUGAAUGAUAUUAAGUUUUAAAAGAUUUACGUGUUCGAAUUGUGUUCUAGAAACUUUCGUUUUUGUAUUCAAAUCUAUGCAUUUUUGAGGAUUGUUUAUAAGGCAAUAAACAUCCGAGUAUUUCUGUAA